AACAGAAGAAGAGACAUAUCAGAGAAAGAAAAAAACCGAAGAAGGAAGAAGACGUUAGUUUUUUAUGAAGUAAAACUGCGCCUUUUGCUUCAGAAAAAAAGAAAGCUCUUGUGGCUUCGAAUGUAUUACAUAGGACAUCAAGGAGCAUGUAAAUUCAACUCCAUCCGAAUGAACAUCCUGGCUCCGUCCUAAUAGCAGCCAUGGCGCCCAUCUGCUACUCCCAAAUUUUGCUAUAUUCUCUCUCCUUAUUCUGGUUUCUUAUUCCGGAAUCAGAAACACUAACCUUCAACCUGGCCAACAUACGCCCUCAACAUCAAAACAUCUACAUAAAGCCAAUCCAAGAUGCCUACAUCUCAUCCCGAGGCCUCCAAGUCACUUCCGAUGAAAGAACCAAUUUGACGCAAAGAUUAGGUAAGGCCAUUUACAUCGAUCCCCUUCACCUUUGGGAUAAAUCCACUGGAAACUUAACAGAUUUCUCUACCCAUUUCACUUUCGUGAUUGAUUCCAAAGGUCUUCCUCAUUUCGGCGAUGGAAUUGCCUUCUUUCUCGCUCCAAAGGGGUCAGAGUUGUUAGAUUAUGGACAUGGUAGUACAAUAGGUCUGCCAAUUAAAAAUGAUGGUCAAGAACCCUCUAGCCCUUUUGUUGCUGUGGAGUUUGAUACGUUUCAGAACGGUGGUGUGGACCCAGUCGGUAUCAGUCCUGUUACUCACGUAGGUAUCAAUGUCAAUUCUCUUAAAUCAAAUGUUACUGCUGUUUGGCACUGUAACAUAACUCAUGGGAUAGAGAACGAGGCUUGGAUUAGGUAUGAUUCAAGUUCGCACAAUUUAAGCGUGGUUUUCACUGGUUCUACUAAUACUAGCAGAGUCGAAGAUACCAUCCAUUUCAUUAUUGAUCUGAGGGAUUACUUACCUGAAUUGGUAACAUUUGGGUUCUCAGCUGCAACAGGGAAGCUGUUUGAGAAAAAUACUAUAAAAUCUUGGGAAUUUAGUUCAAGCUUUCAAAGACCUCAAAAACUCUCCCCUGGAGGUGUGGUAGGAUUGGUUGUCGGCUCGGGUGUUUUGGUUGGUGGGAUGGUUUUGGUUGGAUUUGGCUUGUGGAGGAAACGUAGAGCAAAAGAAGAGGAUGAGUCUGAAGUUGAGUUAAUGGAAAACGAAUUCGAGUCUGGUGCUGGGCCGAAGAAAUUUUCCUACAGUCAAUUAUCUCGAGUGACAAAUAACUUUGAGGAGGAACAAAAGCUUGGAGAGGGAGGGUUUGGUGGUGUUUAUAGAGGGUUUAUGAGCGAAUUGAAUUCUUAUGUUGCUGUCAAGAGGAUAUCUAAGAGGUCAAGACAGGGGAUAAAGGAGUAUGCAACGGAAGUGAAGAUUAUUAGCCGGUUGAGGCACAGGAAUUUGGUGCAACUCAUCGGUUGGUGCCACGAAAAGAAAGAACUACUCCUUGUUUACGAGUUCAUGGAAAAUGGCAGCUUGGAUUUCCAUCUCUUCAAAGGGAAAAGCUUGUUGACAUGGGGUACAAGGUACAAAAUAGCCCAAGGUUUGGCCUCGGCAUUGCUCUAUCUACACGAAGAAUGGGAGCAAUGUGUAGUGCACAGGGACAUAAAAUCGAGCAAUGUGAUGUUGGAUUCGAACUUCAACGCCAAAUUGGGAGAUUUCGGGCUAGCUAGAUUCGUCGAUCACGCGAAAGGGUCCCAAACAACUGUUUUGGCGGGGACCAUAGGGUACUUGGCACCGGAAUGUGUGGUAACCGGUAAAGCUAGUAAGGAAUCAGAUGUCUACAGCUUUGGAGUCGUAGCGUUGGAGAUUACUUGCGGGAGAAAACCCUUUGAUAUGAAGGUGCCAGAAUGUCAAAUGAGAAUGGUGGAAUGGGUUUGGGACCUUUAUGGAAUGGGAAAAAUACUCGAAGCAGUGGACGCAAAACUAGACACAAAUUUUGAUGAACGAGAAUUGGAGCGAUUGAUGAUUGUUGGUCUUUGGUGUGCUCACCCAGAUCACAAUAUGCGACCUAACAUGAGACAGGCGAUUCAUGUGCUCAGUUUUCAAGCUCCACUGCCCAUUCUCCCACCAAGACAGCCUGCGCUAUCGUUUUUUACUCCUCUAUUGAACACAACCACCACCAGUUCUGGCUGAUUAAUUAUUCUCCCUCCCUGGUGGGGGUUUUCCAUAUCCUCCUUGAGAUUUUUUCCCCAUUUGUACCUUUUCUUUUUUUUUUUGAACGGACCCCAUUUGUACUUGUUUCACAAUAAUCUCCAUCUCUUCCUUUUCCGAGCUACCCUCCUCCUUGCUGCCUCAUCUGUCGUGUCACUGCCCUUCACCGCCGAGUUGCCUCCCUCUUCCAUGGCUUGACCAUCCCCCACUGUCAACCACCCACUGCCUUAUCCGCUUCCCUCCACCGUCUACCAGAGAGCAGGCGUGGAUCAGGUCUGGAGAUUGGAGUUUGGAGUUCCGGAGCUCAAAGCUCGCUGGCCUUUCAUCCAGGGUUUGAGAUCCGGAUUUUCGGUACAGGUGUGUUUUGAUCUACUAGUUUAUGAGGUUUUUUUUUUUUGUUUGUUUUUCUUUAUUUCGGUGUUUCUCUGUGGUAGAAUUACAUGGCUCUCCAUUGUUCUUUUAUUUGAAUCUAGUUGUACUAUUGCUGAA